AUAUAAGGAAAAUAUUGAGGGUUUGGGUGGUUAGAGGAUGAGAGCGAUGAUUCCCGUUAAAACGGGGGGUUAUUGGGUAUUUUCUAAGCUGGUUAAGAAGAGGAUUGAGUAUUUUUGGCGUUCGCGUCUUUUUGAGAGGUUAAUUGGUGAAAAAUCGGGAGUUGGAGAGGAGAUACGUAGAUUACCAAAGAUUUUCUCUCAGGAUUUGCUAGAACGGCUGAAAAAUACGGAAAAACCGGUUGGUGUAGGUAGUUCACCGGUUAUUCGUGAUUUAUGGUUGUCCUAUCUUUCAGAAGGUGUAUUGGGUGUUGAUAGAAUGUUGAAAAAGGGUUUUUUGAUGUUUUUAAUGGUAAAAAACCUGAGUAUUGGCGAGAUUAAUCGUCAAAAAUCGUUAUCGGAUAUGAGAUAUCCGUCGGAAUGGUUUCCGGGGGCUAGAGCGUUGGAACGAAAGUGGUAUUUGCACAUUGGACCUACAAACAGUGGAAAAACGUAUCAAGCGUUGAAAAAAUUAGAAAACGCGCGAUCCGGAUGGUUUGCAGGGCCUUUACGACUUCUUGCUAGAGAAGUCUAUGAUAAAAUCUCGAGUAAAGGUGUUAUUUGUAAUUUAAUUACGGGGGAAGAGCGAAUUAUUAUGGAUCGAAAUGCGGCGAUUCAUGUUUCAACAGUUGAAAUGGUAGAUCUUAAUAAAUUGAUGGAUGUAAUUGUUGUAGAUGAGGUACAAAUGAUUGCAGAUUCUCAGCGUGGAUGGGCAUGGACACAAGUACUUCUUGGUGUCCAAGCGUCUGAGAUACAUCUUUGUGGAGAAGAAAGUUCGAUCGAACUUAUUUCAAGAAUCGCUGAAAGCCUAGGAGAAGAACUUAAGAUAUAUCGUUAUGAACGAUUAUCUCUUCUUGAACCCUUGAACCAUAGUCUUUACGGUGAUUUGAAGAAGAUUGAACCGGGCGAUUGCAUUGUUACGUUUUCCAGGAAGAAUAUAUUUCUGCUUAAGAAAAGGAUAGAAAAAGCAACGGGUCAGCGUUGUGCGGUUGCAUAUGGCGGGCUUCCUCCUGAAACAAGAAAUGAACAAGCACGUCUUUUUAAUGACCCGAAUAAUGAGUAUCGGGUUUUAGUUGCAUCAGAUGCAAUUGGAAUGGGACUAAAUUUGAACAUUCGUAGAAUUAUAUUUCAAACAUUAGAGAAAUGGGAUGGAACAAAAUUUCUACCGGUUUCUGUUUCACAGAUAAAACAAAUUGCAGGGCGUGCAGGGCGAUAUAAACCCACUUCUGCUAAUAUGUCAGAAGCCUCAAUAUCAGGCUAUGUUACAUCCUUAGAACAAAAGGAUAUACGACCAUUACACAUUGCACUUUCACGACCUGUUCAAACUCUUAAAAAAGCAGUUCUUUUCCCUCCUUUGCAUAUUCAGGAAUUAUUUGCUUCUUUUUUUCAACCCGGUACAUCUUUGGCUUUAAUUAUUAGAAGGUUUCGAAAAUUAUCAAAGACAACCGGUCUUUAUUCAAUACUGGAUACAACACAACAAGAAACAAUACUUGAAUUAUUAGAAUCAAUUAAGGAUUUAACAAUAUCUGAAAGGCUAAUUUUAUCCGCUGCUCCAAUCAACCUCAAGGAUUCUGAAGUGAUUUCUGCAUUUCUAGCAUUUGCUGCAAUAAUUAGUUCGGGGAAACCAAAAACCAUUCUUGAAAUACCAGAAGUUGAUUUGGAAUGUUUGGAUUGUAAUGUUGAUUUGGAUUCAAAACAGCUACAACGUUUAGAAGUAUUACAUAAAAUGCUUUUAAUAUUUUUAUGGUUAUCGAAUCGGUUUCCCACAAUCUUACUCUCAGGGCCAGAAUGUCAAGAAGUAAAAAAGACGUGUGAAAAUCUUAUCAAUAAAAAUUUAAGUAAAAUAAGCUAUGUUCGUGUAUAAAAAUGCUUUUUUUUUCUCUCUUGAAACUAACCAGUAUAAUGAAAAA